AUGAUUUACACAUCUAAAUAUUUUUUAUCCAAUUUUUUUAAAAAUAAGAAAAGUAAUAUUUUAAUUUGUCAGAGAUCAUUAUUUAUCAAUAAUAACAAUUCAUCACUGCCACUAAUUUCACAACAUUUUUGUUUAAAGAAGUCAUUUAACUAUAAAAAAUCAUCAUGUAAAUCACCAUUGAAAUUAAAUUAUGUUCAUAAAAUUUAUAAUUCUACACCAUCAUCAAAUAAUUCAUCAUUACUUGUAAAAGAAAAACCAAUAUCUAAAAAAUUUUAUGAAAUAAUUAACAGUAUAAAAGUUGGUGAUGGUAAAGAAGUAUUAACUUCUGCAACAAAAGUGUUAAACGAUUUUACAGGAUAUUCUGUUGUAGAAGACUUAAAGAAAAAGGUUAUUCAACAAGAGAAUAAAUUGGCAGAAGCACGAAAACAACUUGAAGAUGCAAAACUUUCAUAUGAGAACGCCAUAUCUAUAAGAUCAAAUACACAACGUGAAGUUAGUGAAUUAUUACAACGUAAACAUUUAUGGACAAAUGAUGAUGUGAUCAGAUUUACAGAAUUGUAUCGUAAUGAACAUUUAAAUGAACAAAAAGAGGUGGCAGCCAAAGAUGAAUUUCAUAAAUGUGAAAAAAUGGUUGAGACAGGUUACACCGAAUUGACUAGGAUGAUGAUGAUGAGGUAUCAUGAAGAACAAGAAAAGACAAAAAUUGGCUGA